AUGUCCAUCACCAAUACAUCAUACAUUGAAAUCACCACCUUCCUCUUGGUUGGGAUGCCAGGGCUAGAAUAUGCACACAUCUGGAUCGCUAUUCCCAUUUGCAGCAUGUAUCUUAUUGCUAUUCUGGGAAACUGCACUAUCCUUUUUAUCAUCAAGACAGAGUCUUCCUUACAUGAGCCCAUGUACUAUUUCCUUUCUAUGUUGUCCCUAUCUGACUUGGGUUUGUCUUUGUCGUCUCUGCCUACCAUGUUGAGGAUCUUCUUGUUCAAUGCUCCUGAAAUUUCAGCCAAUGCCUGCUUUGCCCAGGAAUUCUUCAUCCAUGGAUUCACAGCACUGGAGUCCUCAGUUCUCCUGAUCAUGUCAUUUGACCGCUUCUUAGCCAUCCACAACCCUCUGAGAUACAGCUCCAUCCUUACAUCCAUCAGAGUUGCCCAAAUAGGAAUGGUGUUCUCCUUUAAGAGCAUCCUCCUGGUUCUGCCCUUCCCCUUCACUUUGAGAAGCUUGAGAUAUUGUAAGAAAAGCCAGCUAUCCCAUUCCUACUGCCUCCACCAGGACGUCAUGAAAUUGUCCUGUUCUGACAACCGAAUCGAUGUCAUCUAUGGCUUUUUUGGGGCAGUCUGCCUUAUGGUAGACUUCAUGCUCAUUGCUGUGUCUUACAUCUUGAUCCUCAAGACUGUGCUAGGAAUUGCAUCCUGAAAGGAGCAGCUCAAGGCCCUCAAUACUUGUGUUUCGCACAUCUGUGCCGUGGUUAUCUUCUAUCUGCCCAUCAUCAACCUUGCCAUUGUCCAUCGCUUCGGCCAGCAUGUCUCUCCCCUCAUUAAUGUUCUCAUGGCAAAUGUUCUCUUACUUGUACCUCCACUGAUGAACCCAAUUGUUUACUGUGUAAAAACCAGGCAAAUCAGGGUUAGAGUUGCAGCAAAAUUGUGUCAGAAGCAGAUUUAUAAUAGUGAUAUGUGA